CCAUGGCUGCUACAAUUACUGCUUCUUCCCUUGUCUGCAACAGAAUCUACAACCUCUCCUUCAUCCAUUCUUCCAUUUCACUCGCACUUAACUUCCCACACACACCCAUUUCCUUAAAACCCCACAAUCUCAUUCUCAACCUCCAAUUUUUGAAUCCUUAUCCUCUUGCUCUUUCUUAUCUUCCCUUACCCAGUGUUUCCUUCCACGCAUUCCCAGACACCGAAGAAGAAGAAGACCCUCAACCCCAAACCUCCCAAAAACCAGACCCAAGGGUCUCACACUGCGGGAGGCUCUUUGUUGGGAACUUGCCUUAUUCAUUGCCUUCUUCCCAAUUGGCUCAUCUCUUUGCAAACGCUGGCAAUGUUGUAUCUGUCGAGAUUGUGCAUGAUGACAUUACGGGUAGGAGUAGAGGGUUUGCGUUUGUUACAAUGGGGAGCGUGGAGGAUGCUGAGCAAGCAAUUCGAAUGUUUGAUGGCACUGAAGUUGGAGGUAGGAUUAUUAAGGUAAACUUCCCAGAAAUACCCAAACGAGGCAAAAGGUUAGUAACGGGUUCAAACUAUAAGGGAUUUGUAGACAGCCCUUACAAGAUCUAUGCUGGAAACCUUGGUUGGGAUCUGACAUCACAGGGUCUUAGAGUUGCCUUUGCUAAGCAGCGAGGCUUCUUGAGUGCCAAGGUCAUCUAUGAAAGGAACAAUGGAAAAUCUCGGGGAUACGGGUUUGUCUCUUUUGAAACUGCUGAGGAUUUAGAGGCUGCUAUGAAUGCUAUGAACGGUGUGGAGAUUCAAGGCCGGCCCUUACAACUGAACUUAGCUGUAGAUAAGAAGCCAUCAUCUUCUCCGGUAAUUCAUAAAAACACAGGAAGUAGUGUUGAUAGCAUGGAAAUGCUGUUUGGUGUCAACACAUAA